GGUCUAAUACCAACAGGCUCAGAGACGGCUUGUAGACAAACUAUGACUGAACACGAACUGGGCUGACCACCUACUGCUACCAGACUCUGAUAAAAGCUAAAUAAAUGUGAACAUUUAUUCCGUUUCCCCAAAACACUAAAUGUUGGACUAUAAAUUGUUCCUGUAUUAUACUUAUACAUUGUUUUGUUCUAUUCCACUGUGCCAUUUACUUAGUAUGAUAUUGUAUUUCUUGUGGCAAAGUACCUCGUCUACUGGCUACUUGAGCCAUCUCCAUUGUAGCUAGUUUGUUCCUAAGGAAAAAACCCGUUGCUGACAGUUGAGGAUAGCUGCAACGUCAGAGAACAGACACAGAAACAAGAGGGAAGAUGAGUCAAAGCGAGCAGCAACAGCAGGAUGAAAUCCCAGCACACCUCAAAGAUGAGCAUCCAGCAGACGGUAACAAGGAUCACCCCGCGCCCCAGCCAGGCAUGUUCUCCAGAGUGACUGGAGGACUCUUCAGUGUCACUAAAGGUGCUGUGGGAGCCACUGUGGGUGGGGUGGCCUGGAUAGGAGGGAAGAGCUUCGACCUGACCAAGACCGCUGUCACCUCAGUGGCCGCUGUACCUGGCAUUGGGGUGGGGAUGGUGAAAGGAGGGGUGUGUGCUGUAGCUGGAUGCGUGUCUGCAGUAGGCUCAGCGGUGGCCAAUAAAGUUCCUAUUGGAGGAGGCAAGAAGAAGGACAAGUCUGACUGAGGAAGGGGCGGACGGCGAUGCCGUUUUGGGUCUCAUGUCUGUUUCGUCUACAGUGUGAAGGGGCCUGGAGGGCUACAGAGGAUUCAAAGUUGUGUGUGUGUUCUCUUUUUGUGGAGGCCUACACUCUGAUCCGCAACUGUCUAUGGACCACUCUCAUUAUGUGGCGGCCUGGUCACAGAGGGGGAGACUAAUUAAGUGGUUUCCUGGUCAAUAGGUCAGGGGCCACCGCACCCGUCUUUGUCUGCAAAAUAACCAGUGCCUCAAACUGUUGGAAUAUGAAAUGACUGACUGUGAAUGUUGUAUUUACUCUGUAGAUAAAAACCAGCCAAGAAAAUAUUAGGCCUAUUUUAUUGCUUAGUAUUUGUUCCAUCUCCUGGUUGCUGUUUAAGAAACAGGCCAAGAACAUUUUCACAAUGUUUAAGGCGGUGUUCAUGUUCACUGCUGUGUUUGGCAGUCAGACAAUCAGUGAUCGAUGCCUAGUCCGGCACCUCUAACAGUAAAUAAAAAGGAUCUCAAGGGGGGGGUUUGGUGCUGGGACUGCACAGGAGGUUACUACCUUGACCCCCGAGCAGAGGUGUGGUUCAGAUUGAAGAAGCAAGCACCGGGCUGCUCCAACCACCGAGGCAGCGCCUUGUUUUGAAAAGCAUUGGUAACGGCGGGGAGUCGAUGGCUGCACUCCAUCUCUCUGAUUGAUUCUAUUUCUGAGAUUACGGACUCUAUGCGUCUGGGGCCCAGCCGCUCAGCCUUGGUGCUCUUUCCCACAACAACACUCAUCACUCUCCCACCCCUCCCCAAUAAUUACCGCGGCACGCUGGGGUUUCAACGCUACCUGCAAGGGCUAUGGUAGACUGAACACUGCUAGGGAAGUCGAUGUUCCUGACUAGAUGUUUAUGCUGGUGGAUAUUGUUUUCUUUUGUUUUUUUUCUUCUUCCCCUGUAAAGUAUACGAUUUAUAUCUCAAACUCCCCAUUCCUGAUGUGAGGGGGAUUUUUUUUUUUUUUUUCGUAGGGAUAUUAUUUCUCCACCAUGGAAAUGCUCUAAAGUGGACAUGUUCAUUUCCAUUCAUCUUUUUCAUCUUCAGAAAACGCACUCUGGUGCAAGUAAUGUAACCUUAUGUUUUUCAAUGACAAAGUAGUUUUAGGAUCCGUUUCCCCUUUGAUGGUAUGGACUCUUCAUUUUUUCACUGAUGGUGCGUUGAAUCACAGAGCUCUGUCACUGCUGUUCCUUCCUCUCUUGCUAUAUUUUGAUCUUUCACUUUACAGCAAGGUGCCUUAUUCCCACAAGAAAGCCUGAACUAAAGUAACUUAUUCAUAUUUUUAACCUACCACUAAUAUAUCUAUCAUCUUAUUCCGUAGUCCACAUCUUGUUCUACUGCCAAAAAACAAACCAGCCUACUUUAGCAUUAACCAUUUCUGAAUACAUUUAAGGAGUUGUCUUUUUCUAUUGUUUGUAUUAGAAAUAAAAUGUAUUCAUAUUAUUAAUAUACAGUUCCAGUCAAGUUUGGACACCCUUUGCCUUGAUGACAUCUUUGUACACUCGUGGCAUUCUCUCAACCAGCUUCAUGAGGUAUGAAUGCAUUUUAAUUAACAGAUGUGCCUUGUUAAAAGUACAUUUUGGGAAUUUCUAGGUUUGAGCCAAUCAGUUGUGUUGUGACAAGUAGGGGUGGUAUACGGAAGAUACCCCUUUUUGGUAAAACACCAAGUCCAUAUUAUGGCAAGAACCACUCAAUUAAGCAAAGAGAAAUGACAGUCCAUCAUUAGUUUAAGACAUGAAGGUCAGUCAAUAUGGAACAUUUCAUCAACUUUGAAAGUGUCUUCAAGUGCAGUCGCAAAAACCAUCAAGCACUAUGAUGAAACUGGCUCUCAUGAGGACCGCCACAGGAAAAGACCCAGAGUUACCUCUGCUGCAGAGGAUAAGUUCAUUAGAGUUACCAGCCUCAGAAAUGGCAUCCCAAAUAAAUGCUUCACAGAGUUCAAGUACAAGACACAUCUCAACAUCAACUGUUCAGAGGAGACUGCGUGAAUCAUGCUUUCAUGGUCGAAUUGCUGCAAAGAAACCACUACUAAAGGACACCAAUAAGAAGAAGAUACUUGCUUGGGCCAAGAAACACAAGCACUGGACAUUAGACCGGUGGAAAUCUGUCCUUUGGUCUGAUUUUUAGCCAUGUCUUUGAGAGAUGCAGAGAAGGUGAAUGGAUGAUCUCGGCAUGUGGUUCCCACCGUGAAGCAUGGAGGAGGAGGUGUGAUAGUGUGGGCUGCUUUGCUGGUGACACUGAUUUAUUUAUAGAGUUCAAGGCAAGCUUAACCAGCAUGGCUACCACAGCAUUCUGCAGCGAUACGCCAUCCCAGCUUGUUUGCGCUUAGUGGGAGUAUCAUUUGUCUUUCAACAGGAUAAUGACCCAACAAAUCUCCAGGCUGUGUAAGGGAUAUUUGACCAAGAAGGAGCAUAAUGGAGUGCUACAUCAGAUGACCUGGCCUCCACAAUCACUCGACCUCAACCCAAUUGAGGUGGUUUGGGAUGAGUUGGACCGCAGAGUGAAGGGAAAGCAGCCAGCAAGUGUGGGAACUCCUGCCCUGGGGCGGCAGGGUAGCCUAGUGGUUAGAGCGUUGGACUAGUAACCGGAAGGUUGCGAGUUCAAAUCCCCGAGCUGACAAGGUACAAAUCUGUUGUUCUGCCCCUGAACCGGCAGUUAACCCACUGUUCCUAGGCCGUCAUUGUAAAUAAGAAUUUGUUCUUAACUGACUUGCCUGGUUAAAUAAAGGUAAAAAAAUAAAAAAUAAACUGCUGGAAAAGCAUUUCAGGUGAAGCUGGUUGAGAGAAUGCCAAGAGUGUGCAAAGCUGUCAUCAAGGGAAAGGGUGGCUACUUUGAAGAAUCUAAAAUCUAUGAAGAUUUGUUUAACACUUUUUUUGGUUACUACAUGAUUCCAUAUGUGUUAUUUCAUAGUUUUGAUGUCCUCACAAUUUUUCUACAAUGUAGAAAAUAAUACAAAUAAAGAAAAACCCUUGAAUGAGUAGGUGUGUCCAAACUUUUGACUUGGUACUGUAGUUCUCUACCAAAGUAUUUGACUAUUAAUCAGUGGAGUCUUAAAAUUGGGUGUGUAACAUCACAUGGAUAUUUCUUGUGUUAAUGUUUUGUCUAUAAUUUAAUGGAAAAAUGAAUGAGCCUCAGAGCAGUUGUUUUGCCCGUUUGUCAUUAAGGUUUGACUGUGUGAAUUGGAACUAGGAUAAUCAGUUGUUUCCUAUUUGUUUGGCUUGUCAACACUGCAGAGAUUAAUUUCUGUAGCCCCCUCCCCUAGCUCCUACCUCUGUUUUCUAAUCUAAAAUAUCUGUAUAGUCAAUAUAAUAGUAGAGCCACCUAGCCUGUAAAAUUGGCUGCCUAAUCCCAAAUCUGACCCUUAGGCACUUUGUGUAGAUGUGAGAGGAUUGGAUUAUGCAAUAUGUUAAUAGUGCCACGUUUCCCUCUGAUAUUGCUCUCCAAUACUUUCAGGUCUACACACAUGCAUAGGGGGUUGAGCCUAGGGGUCGAUUUGGAAAUAAACAUUUGUGGUUCGCCUCCACCAUGUCCCUUUUACUUACUCUGUAUCUAGUCUUCUGUGAACACCGAAUGGGUAAGGGCUAAGUGAAGGGUUUUAGAGUCCGAAAUGGAACUGGUUCCAUGACGAUCAAAAUGACAGUUAUAUUUUCAAAGCCAAACUGGUGGAUGUUUCAUCUUGAGAUAUUUCAGCAACAGAGCAGUAAAUGAGUCCAUUUGAGUACAGUUCCAGAGUCCAGUUGUAAUAUCGGUAUACUGUCUGAUAGUCUACUCUCAGGAUGAGGCAACCUCAGGCUGUCACACUGGAAUGACUGAUUCCUCACCACGCUACAUAGACAUAGGCAAACAGUUGUGGUAAUACAGACCUUUCACACUUUUCCAAAGCAGUUGUACUACUGAGUAUACAGUAGGAAGACCUUCAUAAUAUUGAGUUGAGCCCAGAACAGACUAAAUUUGUCGGGGCGUGGACAUGGAUGCUGGCCCAUGUUGUCGCUAAUGCUUCCCACAGUUGUGUCAAGUUGGCUGGAUGUCCUUUGGGUGGUAGACCAUUCUUGAUACACACAGGAAAUUGUUGGCUGUGAAAAAUCCAGCAGCGUUGCAGUUCUUGACACAAACCGGUGCGCCUGGCACCUACUACCAUACCCCGUUCAAAGGUACUUAAAUCUUCUGUCUUGCCCAUUCACCCUCUGAAUGGCACACAUACACUAUCCAUGUCUCAAUUGUCUCCAGGCUUAAAAAUCGUUCUUUAACCUGUCUCUUCCUCUUCACCUACAACAAUUUGAAGUGGAUUUAACAAGUGACAUCAAUAUGGGAUCAUACUUUUCACCUGGUCAGUCUGUCAUGGAAAGAGCAGGUGUAUUUUAUGUUUUUUUAUACUCUGUAUAUACUGUAUGGCACUCACAUAAAAACAAAUUACUUGUAGAGAAUGAAUUGCCAAAUGUUGUAUGAUAUGACUUAAGGUUGAGCAGUUUUUUUAAUGAACGAAGCAUGUAUUUCAGUAUGAAAGUACAACUGUGAAAGGGUGCUAGAUUUUCUAUAGAAUCUGCAUGUCCAUGACUCUCGUCAUGAACUGUGUUAGUGCAGCAUUUAAAGUCCAAAUGUUCUCAAUCUCAAACCUUUUGUCUUAGAAAUGUGUCUGUUUCUCACUUAUUAUGAGGAAGAGGUGGUGAGAAAUCUAGAAUGGAUCUCCCCUGCCGUCUAGACAGUCUAGAAUUCACACACUGUCAAUAUGUAACUGGGAAGCCCAGUUCUUCUUCCCUGUUCCACUGUCUAUCAGUGCCUGGAGGGAAUUGACGUGCGGCAGCUUCACACAGGGACUGUAACCUUGAGCCCCCUGUGCAUUAGUCGUAUGAGUUAGUGGCGAUACUGUAGCUUUCACACUCGGCGGAUGAAGGAGAUGAAAUGCCCCAGCCUUUUCCUCAGCUGCUAACAAGGUUGUGAUUCAACCUUUUCGAGGAAUCAAUAAUGAGGCCCAUUGGUGCGAAGUCCAGGAGCUAGAGAUUUUACACUUCAUAGACCCAAUUUAAGUGGUGGCUGCUGAGAGCGAGGCUAAGGUGACUGUUCCAAGAGUGAAGAAGAAAUAAAUCACUUAUACCUUUUUAUAUCACUGCUCACUGUUCCGCUUAACACGGUCAUAAUACCUCUUGACCAUCAUAGAAACAGAAUCUAAGUAGACUUAUGUGGAUCAUUGUAACUAGCGGUUGAUUAAUUAUGUGUGAUUAAAAUAUGCUUUAAAUCUGA